AUGAAUUGUAAUUUUAAGCCAAACUCUACUGUUAUCCCAGGUGUAAAGUUCGGGCAAUUCGUCGAUGGGAUCAACUGCCCGCCCACUUACUUGCGGCCAGACCCCGGGGGAACUCUGGUUCCAUGGCUUUACGCCUUAUUCCUGUUAUUCUUCCACCUGCCUGCAUGCAUCAUACGUGCUUUAAGAUGGGAGUCUGCCCAAUACCUCGCUCUUGGUCUGGCACUGUUCAGCGUUGCCCUAUGUAUCCAGUCCUACCUGAGCACCGGGCUUGAUGCAGGGGAAGUCUUGGUUUGGAUGCCAUUGACCCUUAUGCUGGAUAUUGGCGCCAUGAUGCAGAUAGUAGUGCUUAUCAUCGAGGAGCACACUCUGCGGAGGCUGGGCGGCGCUAUAGCGGCGUUCUUGAGGCCGAUAUGGGUUGCAAUUGCCGUUUGUGGGCAUAAACUGCCACCGCCACGGGGGGAUCAACUCGAUGUGGGGAUCGUCGGGGGGCCGGUUAUUCCUAACCGCCUACCAACCCCUCCACCGCGCUGCCACGACGGUGCCGAUCAGAAAGCAGAAAACAAUCUUUUGGCACAUUCAUUUGUCUGUUUAGCGGCCUUUACGCUUUUCUUAGCCCUGGUUAUCUUGCAGAUAUACGGCCUUGUCGCUGCUGUAAGAGCCACAGGCGAAGCAGAUAUUGCAAACCUCACGGUUAAAUGGUGCUCGCCGUCCUUCCGCGAUUUUGCAAUCGCGGUUACUACUGGUAACUGUGAAAAAUACAAUGUUACUAGCAGCAGCAGUAACGGCAUUGGCUGUAUUAGCCUACCUGCACGACAGCAGCGAGAUUGGUUAACCGGCACGAUCGUCGGUCUAGGAGCCGCCCUAGUUCUUCAAGCUAUUGACAUGGUUCUUAUGAGAUGCGCCAGAGACAGGCGAUGUAGGGGCGUCGAAAUGCAGAGGCCGUGGUUUACGAUGUUCGGAGGCACAUUGAUGUUGGUGAUUCUUGUCGCGUUUGGCGUCUUUAAUGCUGCACGUCUACCAGCAGGCGUUACGGAUGCCGUCUGGAUAUACCACAAGGAACCUCGAGCCACUGUUGGGAGAGUUUGUCAAGCGAAGCUGCAGGCACCGGGGCUGAGAGGUAUGAUUAUUGGUUGGACGGACGCAGUGUUCUCUGGGUGGGGUGAUGUUUACUACGGUGCCUAA